GCCCGGCGUCGCGUGGCGGGGAUAAAAAUCGGUGGCACCUAAACUCGUCCCCUGCUCUCUCUUCUCCCCCUGAGGACACACCGUCUGAGGCGCAUUCACAAACGUGAGGACUAAGACCAUAUCAGACAAAAUGGUGAAGAUUGGAAUCAAUGGAUUUGGACGUAUUGGUCGUCUGGUGACCCGCGCCGCCGCCUCAGGAGGCAAGGUCGAGGUGGUGGCCAUCAACGACCCCUUCAUCGAUCUGGACUACAUGGUUUACAUGUUCAAGUACGACUCCACUCACGGUGUGUGGAAGCACGGAGAGGUGAAGGCCGAGGGCGGCAAGCUGGUCAUCGGCAACAUGAGCAUCAUGGUCUUCCACGAGAGGGACCCCGCCAACAUCAAGUGGAGCGACGCGGGAGCUGACUAUGUUGUGGAGUCCACCGGCGUGUUUACCACCAUCGAAAAAGCCUCUGCUCACCUGAAGGGCGGUGCUAAGAGGGUGGUGAUCUCCGCUCCCAGCGCUGACGCUCCAAUGUUCGUCAUGGGCGUCAACCACGAGAAGUACGACAACUCCAUGACGGUGGUCAGCAACGCUUCCUGCACAACAAACUGCCUGGCUCCCCUCGCCAAGGUCAUCAACGAUAACUUUGGCAUCGUUGAGGGUCUCAUGAGCACAAUCCACGCCAUCACCGCCACACAGAAGACCGUUGAUGGUCCCUCUGGUAAACUGUGGAGGGACGGACGUGGUGCCUCCCAGAACAUCAUCCCCGCCUCCACCGGAGCUGCCAAGGCCGUGAGCAAGGUCGUCCCCGAGCUGAACGGAAAACUGACCGGUAUGGCUUUCCGUGUCCCCACCCCCAACGUCUCCGUCGUUGAUCUGACCGUCCGUCUGGAGAAACCCGCAAAGUACGACGACAUCAAGAAGGUGAUCAAGGCCGCUGCUGAGGGACCCAUGAAGGGAAUUCUGGGAUACACCGAGGACCAGGUUGUGUCUACAGACUUCAACAGCGAUCCUCGCUCCUCCAUCUUUGACGCCAGCGCCGGCAUUGCACUCAACGACCACUUUGUCAAGCUGGUUUCAUGGUACGACAACGAGUUCGGCUACAGCAACCGUGUGUGCGACCUGGUCCUGCACAUGUUCUCCAAGGAGUAAAGUCUUGACUCAUCGUUCCUUCCCAUGAUUCCCUCAUACUUCACUGAUGCUGUAAAUGUAUGCUGUGCCAUCUGCCCCCAGGAGCAAACCGCUUCUGACAAACUGCUACGUCUAGAUGAUUAUGAUAAUAACACGUUUGUAUAUGAUCACCUCUGCUCUGUCCAGCAGUGAAGGCUGCACUAAGCAGUGUUUGUAGAAACUGAAAUGUAUUGUACUGAAUGGGCUUGUUGCACACUGGCUCCUUUGCACUUGACAUGAUAAUAAAGUCCUCAGUUUGUGGAAAGAUAUGCAGUGUUAUGAUUUUAUUUUGUACUCCCUGUGAUUUAGUGUGUGUAUACCUGCCUAUCUCUAGAUAAUGGGUCUGCUAUUCAUUGAAUUGAAUGUGUUCCUGGUGUCUACCCAUAUGCUGGUACAUAAGCUUUCAAAUAAAGGUAAAUAGUGUUGUCUUAAACGACACACAAAAUCUUAAUUA